UUGCCGCGUCUUAUGAACUUUCUCUCUGUCCUAGCUGUUGACUUUGCUUUUCUCUCUCUCUUUUUCUUUCUUGUUUUUUUGAUCGUAAACAUUGUUGAUCCAUUCAAAACAAGAACACCGCCGAGUCUUGGACGCAGGAGUGAUCUUCGGUCAAUCCGAUACUACGCCGUGUUCAUCGAUUUAUAAUGCAGCAGCAGCAGCAAGCAAUCACUGGGGUCAUGCUUACUCGAUGACACCACCUCCCGCUUUUGCCGUUUGUAUCCUUCGUUUCGAAUGAUCCCAUGAUUUGGUUUCGUGGGUCGAUGCUAGUUUGGAGCAUCCAUUGAAACACCCGCCGUUUCCUUCCAGCAGACAUCCCAAGAUCCAAGAGAAAGAAAGAUCGUCUGUCCUGGAGGAAGAGAUGAGAAGAGGCGCCAUGCAGGUUUGAUUCUCGAGACAGAAGAUGGGAUCCCAAUAAAUCAAGCGAAACGUCAUUCAGUUCGAGAUACAGGGUUCUUCUUGAUCUGCGACGUCCUUUUCCGUGUUUGUUAGUUGAAAUCUUGACAUAUAUACGUAUAUCUACGCGUUGUAUAGUUGAAGAGAGAAACUUGGAACUGCCCGCCCAUUCCAGCAUGAGCAACAAGGAAUCGGUGAAGCUAGACGACGAGCAGAUCGCCGAGCUGCGCGAGAUCUUCCGCUCCUUCGAUCGGAACAAGGACGGAAGCUUGACGCAGCUCGAGCUCGGGUCGCUCCUCCGGUCGCUCGGCCUGAAACCGAGCCCCGAGCAGCUCGAGGCGCUCAUCCAGAAGGCCGACACCAACAGCAACGGCCUGGUGGAGUUCUCUGAGUUCGUGGCCCUCGUGUUGCCGGAGCUCCUGCCGGCCAAGUCGCCGUACACGGAGGAGCAACUGAAGCAGCUCUUCCGGAUGUUUGACAGGGACGGGAACGGGUUCAUCACGGCAGCCGAGCUGGCUCACUCGAUGGCGAAGCUCGGUCAUGCGCUCACUGCGGAGGAGCUGACGGGAAUGAUCAGGGAGGCUGACACGGAUGGUGAUGGCAGGAUUAGUUUCCAAGAGUUCUCGCAAGCAAUCACAUCAGCCGCCUUUGAUAAUUCCUGGGCUUAAUUAGGAACAUGGAUGCUUUUGCCUCCAGGCUCAAUGGGAUUGUGUGUUGAUUCCUAUUUCAUGCUAGUUAUGUUGUAUCUUUUGCUUUUCUUGAGAUCAUACAGAUGAUCCUACUACUGUGGCAGGUGAGUUUAGAAUGUAGGAUGGAGUAUGAUUUUGGUAUGUCGAAAUCAAGUCCGCUGUGGUUACGAUAGAUGGGAUAAAGUCCGACCAAAUUUUGGCAGAUGAUACGCCGACUUUGCUUGCCCUGAUAUAUAUUGAAAUUCAAAGUUUUAGCACUCAA